AUGCCUGUUCCCGUUCCGCAACCCCCUGCCGCCCAGAACGUUUCCGGGCAGCAGCUAGAAGUCAAACUUGCCGCCCAGCAGGGGGACAUUCAGCAGCUGCUGAUGGAGAAUCAACGGCUGGCGGCGACCCACGUGGCGCUCAGGCAGGAGCUGGCGGCCGCGCAGGGGGAGAUCCAACGGCUGAAAAGCGCCGUUGGAGAGAAGGAUCAGGUGGUGAGAGGGCUGAUGGAUACCAAGGCGAAGCUUGAAGCCGAUUUGAGAGGCGCAGACACUCUGAGGCAGGAGCUGCAGGCGGCAAGGCAGGAGCUUCAGGGCACGAGGGGCGAGAUUCAGGCGCUGACGCAGCAGCAGCAGCAGCAGCAGCUGCAGCAGCAGGGCGCGCAGCUGCAGCAGCAGCAGGCGAAGAUUCAGCAGCAGGCGGCGCAGAUAGGGCAGAUGAACCAGGACCUGAACCGCAUGCACGCUGACGUGCAGCUGCUACCCAAGCUGCGGCAGGAAAUAGACGGUCUUACUCAGGAACUCGCCCUCGCCAGGCAAGCGGUGGAGUACGAGAAGAAGGCCAACAUGGACCUGGUGGAGCAGCGGGCAGCCAUGGAGAAGAAUUUAAUUGCCUCUGCUCGGGAUGUGGAGCGUCUCAAGGCUCAGAUCGCCAACCUGCCGCCGCCUGUGAUGAGCCAAGGUAUAGCACGUUAA